AUUUGCCCAUUCAGUUGGAUAAAGUUUAAACGUGGUCGUACGUUGUAUAUACGCGGCUCGGAGAACGAUUUGUGUUAUGCGCCAACGAAUCGUCGAUGUAUCGUGUGUAUGAUACACUUGGAGUCGAGCGAAUGUAAACAAAAUAUGUAUUCGCGAACGCGAUCAUAUUUAAUAAUGUUGAUUGGAUGGAAGUGAUCAGAAAUGUCGUGAUGGUCUUCAACAAAUAAAAUUAUUAUUUUGAAUUCAUUUAAUUUAUGUGAAUUGCUUCACUAAACGCGUCCGUGUCGGAUAUAUUUCUCUAUUCCGACCACAUGGUGUUUUAUUGCGAACGAGACAUAAACAAACAUUAUAAGAAAAAAACGCGAGAUAACAAUGGAUUAGCAUUAGCGGCGAUAUUAAUUCUUUUAUUGUUUUUAUGAGGUGGUUUUUAAAUAAAAUUUUCGGUUGGUCAUCUGUGUCACGGCUUAUGAAAGUUGGUAAAAUUAUGCUAUUCGCAAUUAGUUUGUUGUAUGUGACUGUGGUUGUAUACCAGAAUGUGUUUGGAUACAAAAUGUUGGAUACAAUAAACAACGUACCAUCAAUUGAAUCAAACAAUCAACAGCAACGUCUUCUAAAACAUCACAUGCUUAACAUUACCGGCGACAUUUAUUCAGCGUAUCAUGUCGAAAGAACCUCGGUGACAGCAACACCAAAACCGACGACAAUAAACUUGAGUGAUAUUUUUAUCACCGUUAAAACAACCAAAAUGUAUCAUGACACCAGACUGGCGCUCUUAAUAAAAACAUGGUUUCAACUGGCUAAAGAACAGACUUUUUUCUUUACUGACGCCGAUGACAUAUUUUAUCAACGGAAAACCAAUGGUCAUUUGGUAAAUACAAACUGUUCUAUGGGACACUUCCGUAAAGCACUUUGCUGUAAAAUGUCCGUUGAAUAUGACACCUUUUUGGAAAGUGGUAAAAAAUGGUUUUGCCAUUUUGAUGACGACAACUAUGUUAACGUACACAAAUUGUUGGAUCUAUUAAAAGAUUACAGUCCCACAGUCGACUGGUAUUUGGGGAAGCCGAGUAUAGCAUCACCUUUGGAAAUUUUCAUUGAUAAUGUCGAAUCUAAAUCGAUGCAUAAAAAAAUCUCAUUUGUGUUUGCAACUGGUGGUGCUGGUUUCUGCAUCAGUCGAGCACUGGCAUUGAAAAUGAUGCCGAUAGCUGGUAAUGGUAAAUUUAUAAACAUCGGCGAUAAAAUUGGCUUACCCGAUGACGUGACGAUGGGCUAUAUUAUCGAAUAUUUACUCAACGUACCAUUAACAAUCAUCGACACAUUCCACUCGCAUUUGGAGCCAAUGGAAUUCUUACGAAAAGACACGUUCAAGGAUCAGGUAUCAUUCAGUUAUGGUCAAAUUAAAAAUGACAAAAACAUAUUGAACAUUGAUGGAUUGGAUAACAUCUCUGACCCGACACGAUUUUAUUCGCUACAUUGCCACUUAUUUCCUCAUUUAAGCUCUUGUUCGAAGUCAUGAUGGUUUUAUUGUUUUAAGCCGUUCUGUAGAUACAAUUUUUUUGUUGUACAAAAGUGAGAUAUUUUUUAAGCCGAUUGUAUUGAAGCUGUGAUAUUACUUGGAGUAGGAAAAGUAGAAUUAGAAUUAUUAUUAUUAUGAAAAUAAUAAAUUUGUUUCAAUUUCACACAAACAAAA